AUGGAUACGAAGAUGCCAGCACCGAAAAAUGUCGCCGGUAAAAAACAAGCUGAAACAAUUAAUCAACGUCUUCAGCUGGUUAUGAAAUCUGGCAAAUAUGUACUCGGCUAUCGACAAACUUUAAAAGCAUUAAGAAAUGGUCAAGCUAAAUUAAUACUGGUAUCAGCUAAUACGCCUCAAAUAAGAAAAAGUGAAAUCGAAUAUUAUGCAAUGUUAGCAAAAACUGGUGUACAUCAUUACUCUGGGAAUAACAUCGAAUUAGGAACCGCUUGCGGCAAAUAUUUUCGUGUGGGCUUAUUAGCAAUCACUGAUCCAGGUGAUUCGGAUAUUAUUCGAACGGUACCUGGAGAUCAACAAACAACAAUCUCUACAACAUAA